CCUCCGCCAGUCUCGGUGUGUGUGUCUGUGUGUGUGGAGGACCGGACGGAGCGGAGGAACGGAGCCGCUGCUCGCCGACAGACAGCCGCUGAGCGCCGGGCAGGUCCGGAGGAGAGAGCCGGGGGCAGAGCUGGAGCUGCUGGAGGGAUAACACCCGGAGCCACACCGGAUUCACACCGGAUUCUCCUCUGAUCCGGAUCAGUCCACCGGCCGCAGGAGAGUUCAGAGAGUUUUAUUUUUCUUAACUUGUGGAAUUAAAAACAGAACAAGAGGAGAGAGAAAGCAGCUCCGGGACCGGGUCUGGGUCCGGGUCUGGAUUUAUCUUCAUGCUCUGCACACACACAGGAGGUCCGCUGUGAUCCGGAUCUACCGUGUUAUUUUCUCUCUGUUUGUGUUCUGUUGCCGGACCAUGGUGGGGGAGAUGGAGGGGAAGGAGAAGCCGAGACCCAGUCCGGAUUAUCUGAUGCAGCUCAUGAACGACAGGAAGCUGAUGAGCAGCCUGCCGAACUUCUGCGGGAUCUUCCAGCACCUGGAGAGACUGCUGGACGAGGAGAUCAGCCGUGUGAGGAAGGACAUGUACAUCGACACGCUCAACGGUUCAGAGAGGAGCAGCGAGCUGCCGGACGCCGUCGGUCCAAACGUCCAACUGCAGGAGAAACUCUACGUCCCCACAAAGGAGCAUCCUGAUUUUAACUUUGUUGGGAGGAUUCUGGGUCCUCGCGGUCUGACGGCGAAGCAGCUGGAGGCGGAGACAGGAUGUAAGAUCAUGGUGAGAGGGAGGGGCUCCAUGAGAGACAGGAAGAAGGAGGAGCAGAAUCGAGGGAAGCCUAACUGGGAGCACCUGAACGAGGACCUUCACGUCCUCAUCACGGUGGAAGAAGCUCAGAAUCGAGCCGAGAUCAAACUCAAACGAGCCGUGGAGGAAGUCAACAAGCUGCUGGUGCCCGCUGCGGAGGGGGAGGACAGUCUGAAGAAGAUGCAGCUGAUGGAGUUAGCCAUCCUGAACGGGACGUACAGAGACGCGAACAUCAAACCCUCCUCCCUCGCCUUCUCUCUUGCAGCCUCCUGUCAGACUCCUCGUUUCCUCUCUGGGCCCGCGCCCGUGUUGGCCCCGCCCACCACAAUUCGUACACCUGCCCCCACAGGCCCCGCCCUCAUGCCUCUGAUUCGUCAGAUCCAGACGGUGCUGCCCAAUGGGACGCCUCACCCAGGGGCUCUGAUGCCGGGUGCGGGACCUGAGUCCGGUCUGAUCUACGCUGCCCCAUACGACUACCCGUACGCUCUGGCGGCACCGGCAUCCAUCUUGGAGUACCCUCUGGACUCUGGUGGGGUUUUGUCGCGUUCGCGGUCUGGUGCAGGUGCAGUGGCCGCUAAAGUUCAGAGACAUGAGCUGCGAGUCCGUCCUUACCGAAGGAUGGUGACUGCAGACCGAGGUUAGUCUGCUCAGACCCGCUCCCCGGUCUCUACACCUGCCUUUCCCACAAUCCACUGCUUUGCCUCAGCCGGCGUCUGUUCAGGGCUUUUUCACACCAUCAGAGUCCACCAGAGUCCAGCAGAGUUCACCAGAGGUCACUAGAGGCCACCAGUCUGCCAGAGUCCAGCAGAGUUCACCAGAGUCUGCCAGAGAUCCUCUUUUCAGUUAACAAACUACAAAACUGCAUCACAACAGACCAGACUGUUAUUUUAUAAUCAUAACAAAAGACGGUACCACAUAACCGCAACGUCGUCGGUUCAAUUCCAGCUGGGUUCAAAAAUGCCCAAAAAAUAAUCCUAAAAAGAAAAUGAGUGAUCACAUUAAGACGACAGAAAGCUCUUAAGUUUACUGUCACACAGUCGACCCUCGCUGAGCAGCUACAUCAUCGUUUCAUUAAAGUCUCAGUUUUCACCGAAACACUGAAACAAGCUGUAUUUGAACAUUUAAACACUCUGGACAGAGUUUUAAUAAAAAAAUAAAAAAUGCUGUUUCAGUCUGGACGGAAGCCGAAAGUGUAAGAAAAAGACGUGUGUUUACAUUUAACCGGCUUAAUGUGGAUGUACUCUGAGGACAAAACACAUUUUUUUUCUGUCUGCCAGAUCAGAGUUGAAUCAUCGCUGUUCGACACAUAAUGUAACUCAACAUUUUAAUGGCACCGACUGGAGAAUUAGCUCCACCAACUGCUUAUCUCCAUCAUCCAGUGAACUGAUUUUCAUACAAAACAAGCAUUCAUUCAUGUUUUCUUUGGAAAAUGUUCUGGAAAUUCGGUUAAACUUUGAGCUUCAUUUGGAGGGACAUGUGACCACUGAUAUACUGUGUGGACGUAAAGCGUAGGUUUCUGCGCUCUGAAGGACAAAACAUGAACAUGUAGUUAAAAUUAAGAAUAUCUAAAUUCUUCCUGUACGAUGAAUCCAAACGGCCGAGAGAAAAGAAAAAAUGAACAGAAAUCAUUUAAAAAUUCUACUGGACCAGGUGUGAAAAUGCCCCACGGGUAACAGAACAGGUGGUUUCUGGGAAAUGCAGUCGUGAUGUGUGAUGGUGAAACUGCCAUGUCAGCCCGUCAGGAUGUGAUUCAACAACAAACUCCAACAGAAACUAAAUGUUCUUUGAGAGUCACAGAAGAGUGAUGAUGUUUGUUAGAAACUCACAGACAUGUUUAAAAUGGCUUCCUGCCACUUCCUGCUCCGUUAUUUUGAGGACUUUAUGGAUCCGCCAUGAUGCUGAUGACAAAUAAUGGACCAAACACUUUAAACAGAAUUUAUUUGUUCUUUUAACUGUAAGAAGGUCAAACUUUAUUUACAAUCUAAGUCUUAAAAACUAAUUUUAAUAAAUCCACUUUGUGUUGUUUCCUCCAGAGUGUGAUGUUUCAUAUCAGUUCCAUGUCUGUGUGUCCAGUUCAGAGAGAGGGCCAGGAUGUGGUUAGCCUAGCUUAGCACAAAGACUGGAAGCAGGGAGAAACUGCUAGCCUCUGUCCACAUACUAGCUCCAGUGCUAACUGCUGCUCAAACCACACGUUUCUCCACUUGUUCAAUAAACAACAAACAUCAUGUAACUCCAGCCCAUUCUCAUUCCCAGGGCAUCAAAUACGUUUAUCACGCCCUUCGACGUCAUAUAAACACGAACAAGGUAGCCUCUAGCGUCUGUAUUAGACGCACAGGGGUGCCAGAAAGCCUUUAUGAAAUCAGGUAAAGAGCGAAACAAACAAACCCAGGACUCACACCCAGAAGACCAGGGUUCAUGUCCAGUGUGAAACCAAAAGGUAAAACUUUAAACUUAAAAGUCAACAUUAAGUUACGUUACAUAUCUUGUGACUUACAUAUCACGUGACUUUUGUCACAUAACUUCCUACUUUUUUUUUCCUUAAACCUAACCACACUUUUUAGUGACGUUACAUUGUUUCUGAAGGCGUCUCCUACUAACGCCAAAGGGUACAAAAGGUCGGUAUUUGACGCCCUGGGAAUGAGAAUGCGUUGGUAACUCAGACAGACUUGGAGUAGUUUUUUGAUGGAGCUAGGCUAGCAGUUUCCCCCUGCUUCCAGCAGUCUUUGUGCUAAGCUAGGCUAACACAUCCCGGCCCUCUCUCUGUACUGGACACAGAGAUGAAACUGAGUUAAAACAAAAUACUGGAGGAACAAGAGGAUUUACUUAAUGUUUUAAAUAAAAGUUCUCAGCCAUUAAUGUGAUGUUAGCUAACAGUGUUUGUCCUUAAGUAUUUAUCUACGUGCACAAACCAAGUCUAGAAAAAUCUAUUUUUUGCCAUAAAUUAAUUUUGUUUUUUCCACAUUGAAUUGGAUUGUCAGACUGGAUUGGUUUCCUCGGAGUCAGAAUGGUGAUUAGACUGGAGACCUGAAGGUUUCUCUGAACCGACAGACUUGUAAAAACGUUUUUAUUCAACUUUAGUCCAAGACACUGAAGUCCUCUGAGAAACAGGACAAAUGAACCGUCUGAGGCUACGAUAAAAACAGUUGAGGUUUGAUAAGGAAUCUGAUGUUUCUGCUGCUAGUCAGAGUUUAUUUAUCUCAAGUAUACAAGACAGUGAGUCCAACAAUAAAUAAGCUUGUACAAAUACUGAGAAUCCACCCAUAAUACAGAAUAAUAAAGGUUGUAGCUGCCAUGAUGUCACAGCAAAUAGCACAUCUCUAGACCAAUCAGAACAUUACGUGGUAGAAAGAGUCCCAGAGUCACUGCAAGGUCACUGUCCAUCAGCAGACAUGUUUUUUUCUUCUCUGAUCCAGAACGGUCCAGAACUCCUUCAAAAGCAAAAAUCCUGUAAAGAAUCAGAAGAAAAAUAUUUUCAUGAGGAGUUUUGUUACUAAAAUAAUCAAACUGUAAUCUUUAUUGAUCAAAAAACAAAGUAACGGAUAGAUACCGCUAACAAAAUUAAUGAAAUAAAUCUGAUGAAACUGUGUGUGAACCUGCCGUGGAGAAGUCCAUUCGUCUCACAUUAACAGAUUUCACUCGCCAAACUCAACACACUCAAACUCGGCUGCUCGUAAAAACUCAUAUAACAACUUUGACCGGACAGUAUUUAUUUACGUCUCAUUAGUGACACCGUCCGGUUGGAUGCUGUCAGUCUGCAGCAGGUUGCGUUCAGGUGCAACCAGUAAACCUGUGUGUUUGCUGCUGUCUGGCUGUGAUGGCGGCGGACAGGUGGACGACAGGUGUCUUCUUCAUCUGCUGAACAUGAUGUCACUGCAUAAAACAAGAUGUCAUUUUCAACACAAGUGUUGUAAAAUUUUGUUUUUUUUUCAAAGGAGUUUUGAAUAGAUUCAGAAGCAAAACAUGGUAAAAAAUAUUUUUUACCCAAAAGGAGAACAUCAUCCUCAGCUAGAUAUUAGUUCCAAGUUUUUUACCUGCUGGUACAUUGCUUUUAGGAAACAGAAUGACUUCAAACCUUGUAUCUCUAAAGUGUCAUACUAGAAUUUGUUAGAUUUUUGUUUAGUGUAUUGCAUUUAUUUAAAUUAAGUAUGAGAUAUAAAUAAAAAUUGAUCCAUUAACAUUCAACAAUAGCUGAAACAACGAUGUUCAUCAACCGAAAGUUUAUUAAUUGCAAUUUUGAUUAUUUGGGUUAGUCAUUUCAGUCAGUUAUCUUGUGAAAAAUGCUGGUUGCAAGUAUGAAGCAGACAGCAACAAAAUGCUCACAUUAGCACAUUUACAUUGUUACAUUUAUUCAUUUUGCAGAUGUUUUUGUCCAGAACAAUUUACAAAUGAGGCACAAUCCAAGACACGAGAAUACUAGAUACUUUCCCCUGUUUCAUUUAAUUUUAAAGUAGACAUUUUAAAUUCAAAUCAGCCAUCUGAAGGCUAUAUGCCCUAUGUUUUAUAUAUAAUAGAAAAAGAAGUCCAAGAAUUUCCCUCUGAUUGACAUAGAAAUGUUAAAAUUCAGAACAUUAGUUUUCACUAUACGCUGAUGAUGCACUCUUUUAUGUUUUAGAAAAAUCUGGAUCACCUGGCUUCAUGAAUACACAUGAUGAAUGGAGAAAAAAAGGUGUUUGAGCUAAACGUUUGUAGUUGUUGAUGUUCUGGAGCCAUGGUUUCUUUAAAGUUCAGUAACACUGAUACUUUGGAAAUACAAGGUUUUCACUCAGAAAUCAUGAUAGUUAUUGUAGACAUAGUUAUACAGGAGCCGCUGACUUCCCUUCUGCUCCUCAGUGUUUGUCAUAGCACGUUUCAUUUAUCAGAUUAAAUUAAAUUUAAUUGUACAAAGUAACAGUUAAGCAAUAUCCAGUUUAACAUUUACAGCUAACAAUAUGAAAUGCAUGUAUUAUAUUAUAAAUGAAUGUACAAUAUGAUGUUUUACUGAAUGCAGCUCUGAUAUAAACGUUAUGAACAAUAACUAAUAUAUAGUAUUUAUGAUGGAAUGAAAACGUCAGUAUCAUGGUUCUGUUUUUAGAGGGAUGAAUGACAGCGUCAGAUUCACAGCUUUCUCAUCACUCUGCUGAAAAAUAAAAAUACAUGAAACGACUCAAUGAAACGUGGACGAGGAGCUUCAGUUUCCUACUUCAAACCAACUUGGCUGUGUUAAAAAGGAAUUUUGUUCAGCAGCUGUGAAGUUUGAGGUGUUUCUAAAGUGUUUUCCUUCAUUCUGUAUCUCAAAUGUUUCUUUAAACAUUACAUACAUGCUUCUGUUUGAUUUGUCUCCUUUAAUAAUCUGAUUUUGCACUGAACUCUGAAACAAGCAACUUUUAUGUCCUUCUCCUCCUCCGCCGCCAGAACAGCAGACAUUUUAAAACCUCCGACAAACCUCAAAGACGAUGAUUUAAAGAGAAUAAAUGUGUUGACCUGAGCAGCUUCAGGUCACUUCAUGGACGAGAAGAUGAACAGUAUGAAUGCAUUUUACAAAAAAGUAUUCCACUUGAGACAUUUUUUCUGUUUUUUUAUUUCUAUUAUUUUUUGUUGUUGUCAAGAAAGUCGUAUUUACUUGUGGCUUUUUGAAAUAUAUAAAUAUAUAUAAAUAUAUAUGUAAAGUAUAAAGCAGGAAUGUAUAUGAAAUGUAAGAUUUGACCUUUGUGCUGUUUGUAGGAAAAGAAGGAGUAGCAGAUCUAUAGUGCCAAGUUAGAAAUAUUCCUCUAUUUUUGAAUCUAUUUUAGGGCUUUAUACAAAAGACGGGAGCUUCCCUGUUUAUAUGCAAGUUUCUAUGAUUGAUAGUGUCUUUCAACUGAGGGCUGUUAGCAUCAAACCUUCUGUUUAGGAAAAAACAACAUGUAGUGUUGCUUUUUGUCAUCACAGCAAAGAUUUACAUGUUUGUUGUAAAGAGAAAAGAUUCUUUUUGAAAUGCAAUAAAAGCUACUAUUGAGUUAAAAGAGCAAAACUCUAAA